UAAAACGAUUUUUUCUCAAGCCAAUUGUUUUUUCAUAGUGUACGUUGUCCUGAAAGUACAAGGGCGGGAAGGGAAACAAAGCGUAGCGGAGGACGAGGAGGAGGGAGGAAGCAGAGUGCAGUAGGAGGUGCCAUGCAGGGGGAGGUAUCGAAUUUUGGCCAAUCAAAAAAAGGUGUCUUGUCUGGGCGUCAUUAGCAUGUGGGUCUGUAAAUAGAGCGGGCGCGAGGCGGGCGCUAGUCAUUUUCUGUUCGUUUAUUCGAGAAGCAGAAGCAUGCCCGAUCCAGCCAAGACCGCGCCCAAGAAGGGAUCAAAGAAAGCCGUGACCAAGACGGCCGGCAAAGGAGGCAAGAAGCGCAGAAAGUCCAGGAAGGAAAGCUACGCCAUCUACGUGUACAAGGUCCUGAAGCAGGUGCACCCUGACACCGGCAUCUCAUCCAAGGCCAUGGGCAUCAUGAACUCAUUCGUGAAUGAUAUUUUUGAGCGCAUUGCCGGUGAGUCUUCUCGUCUGGCUCACUACAACAAGCGCUCCACUAUCACCUCCAGGGAGAUCCAGACCGCCGUGCGCCUGUUGCUUCCCGGCGAGCUGGCCAAGCACGCCGUGUCCGAGGGUACAAAAGCCGUCACCAAGUACACCAGCUCCAAGUAAAGCGCGUUACCGCCGUCUUCAUCAACCCAACGGCUCUUUUAAGAGCCACCCACUUUUCAUACAAAGAGUAAUUUUCUCUUUCGCUUUCUCUCUCGCUG